CUUCCGUUCUGAAAGCAUUUGUGCGCUGGACUCCUCUUACAGUCACUUCCUCGUCGUGGAGUGCAGUUGGAGUUCAGAUUAAACACCAGGCUGUGCCUAAACACUGAGCCCCUUUGUUUUGCAUGAGCAUGCAUGUGUGUGAUGAGUACGUGAGUGUGUGUGUGUGAUGUAGAUGGACAAUCCGAGCAUGUUUAGAGCUCAGAGAUGAGUUUCGAAGCCAUUCUGGAGGAGACUCUAAUCAAACGAUCACAGCAGAAGAAGCGAACAUCACCUCUCAACUAUAAAGAGCGAGUUUUUGUCCUGACCAAGAGCAAACUGACAUACUAUGAGGGACGUGCCGAGAAGAAGUCCAAGAAGGGCUCCAUCGAUCUGCAACGUGUCAGGUGUGUUGAGAUUGUAAAAAAUGGAGGUUUGGUCAUCCCGUGUGAAAAUAAAUACCCCUUCCAGGUGGUUUAUGAUACGAACACUCUAUAUAUUUUCGCCCCCAGUAAUGACAGCAGGAGUGCAUGGGUACAAAACAUGAAGGAGGAGAUAAAGAACAAUCCUCAGAUUAUGGCGAAGUUCCACCCUCAGUUCUGGCAAGGGGAGUGGCUGUGCUGUGGUCAGGAGGAUAAACUCGCUCUGGGCUGUGAAGAGUACAACCUAUUUGGAGACAUUUCACGGAAACCACUCCCCCCUAUUCCUGGUGCAGAGUCCAAAUCUCGACGCCCACUGCCACAGCCUCCCCCUAAUGAGGAAGAGGAAGAGGAGGAGCCUAAGGAGGAAGUGGUCAUUGCACUGUAUGAUUUUGAGGGAACAGAAAGUCAAGACCUGACACUGCAUCAGGGGGAGGAGUAUGUCAUCACUGAGAAGUGUGAUGUCAACUGGUACAAAGCACGCAACAAAUAUGGGGAAGAAGGCUACAUUCCCAGCAACUAUGUAACCCCAAAGCAGCCAGAUAAUUUGGAGCAGUUUGUGUGGUACUGCAAAAAUGUGAACCGCAACAAAGCAGAGGAGCAGCUAAGGAAAGAGGGUAAAGAGGGAGGGUUCAUGGUGCGAGACUCCAGUUCCGGUGCCUACACCGUUUCUCUGUACACAAAGUCUUUGGGUGAUGGAGGCUCUGCUAUUAGACAUUAUUACAUUAAGGAGACUCAGAGCUCACCUAAACAGUUUUACCUUUCGGAGAAGCACCAGUUCAGCAGCAUUCCUGAACUCAUAGAGUACCACAAACACAAUGCCGCAGGUUUGGUGAGCAGACUGCGUUAUCCAAUAAAUAGACAGAGCAGAGCAGCACCAACGACAGCAGGAUUCAGCUAUGAUAAGUGGGAAAUUAACCCUUGUGAGCUGACCUUCAUGAAGGAGCUCGGCAGUGGGCAGGUCGGUGUGGUGCGACUGGGAAAAUGGAGAGCACAGCACAAAGUGGCCAUUAAAGCGAUCAGAGAGGGAGCAAUGAGUGAAGAGGACUUUAUAGAGGAAGCCAAAGUUAUGAUGAGUCUGUCCCACCCGAAGCUGGUUCAGUUAUACGGUGUGUGUACGCAGCAGAGGCCCAUCUACCUGGUGACGGAGUUCAUGGAGCUCGGCUGUCUCCUGAAUUACGUUCGUCAGCGUCGGGGUUCGUUCAGCACACAAAAUUUGCUCAGCAUCUGCCAUGAUGUCAGCGAGGGCAUGCAGUACCUGGAGGCUAACCGCUUCCUCCACCGGGAUCUGGCUGCUAGAAACUGCCUUGUCAGUGACUCACAUGUGGUGAAAGUGUCAGACUUCGGCAUGGCCAGAUACGUUCUGGAUGAUCAGUAUCUCAGUUCCUCUGGAGCAAAGUUUCCAGUGAAGUGGUCUCCACCUGAGGUCUUUAACUUCUGUCGAUACAGCAGCAAGUCUGAUGUCUGGUCCUUUGGUGUGUUAAUGUGGGAGGUGUUUACUGAGGGGAAGAUGCCAUUUGAGAACAACCUGAACCAUGAGGUCGUAACUAUGGUGAUGCAGGGACAUCGCCUCUCUCGGCCCAAAAAAGCUGCCCCGCACAUUUACGAAAUCAUGCAACACUGCUGGCAAGAGAGACCAGAGGAAAGACCAUCGUUCAGACAGAUCUCACAGAUGAUCACAGACGAGCUGGAAACAGAUGGCCACACCUCCUGAUCUCUGAUUGGACGAUCUGACUCAGUGCUGAUGCAUAACUGCUCAUAAAUCUCCUCAUUGGACCAAACAAGUGACUGAUGGAAACUACUGGAAGCAUUCAGUAUGAAAUGUAGAGCUACUGCAAGUCAGGAGAGGAGUGUGUGUGUGUGUGUGUGUGUGUGUGUGUGUAGGUUUCAUAUUGUACAUUAUGCAUAAUAAUGUAUCUGACUGCCUGUACAAACGUAAAAUAAAAGAUGAAAAUGAAAAUCA